CCCGCUAUAUAAACAGAUCAUUACCACGCCGAGUUCUUUGUGGGCUAUAAAAAAUUGAACUGGCGUUUCAAGUGCCGUCUUGGGAAAAGUAAUUAAAUAAAGAUGAGAGAAAUUGUACAUAUUCAGGCCGGGCAAUGCGGCAACCAGAUCGGUGCUAAGUUCUGGGAAGUGAUCUCAGACGAGCAUGGAAUUGACCCCACCGGUACAUACCACGGGGACUCUGACCUUCAACUUGAGAGAAUCAACGUCUACUAUAAUGAAGCCACUGGUGGUAAAUAUGUACCCCGUGCAAUUCUUGUUGACCUUGAGCCCGGAACCAUGGACUCAGUCAGGUCUGGACCAUUUGGUCAAAUCUUCAGACCAGACAACUUUGUCUUCGGACAGAGUGGAGCUGGAAACAACUGGGCCAAAGGUCACUACACCGAAGGUGCUGAGCUGGUCGACUCAGUCCUGGAUGUUGUAAGAAAAGAAUCAGAAAGCUGUGAUUGCCUGCAGGGAUUCCAACUCACACACUCUCUUGGUGGUGGUACAGGCUCUGGUAUGGGAACACUCCUCAUCAGCAAGAUCCGUGAAGAGUACCCCGACAGGAUCAUGAACACUUUCUCAGUUGUCCCUUCUCCAAAGGUAUCUGACACCGUUGUUGAACCUUACAACGCAACACUCUCAGUUCAUCAACUUGUAGAGAACACAGAUGAGACAUUCUGUAUCGACAACGAGGCCCUCUACGACAUCUGUUUCAGAACCUUGAAAUUGGUCACACCCACAUACGGUGACUUGAACCAUUUGGUAUCGGCUACAAUGUCCGGUGUUACCACUUGUCUCCGAUUCCCUGGUCAGUUGAACGCAGAUCUCCGCAAACUGGCCGUAAAUAUGGUACCCUUCCCGCGUCUACAUUUCUUCAUGCCAGGAUUCGCACCUCUUACAUCACGAGGUAGUCAACAGUACCGGGCACUUACUGUACCUGAACUUACUCAGCAAAUGUUUGAUGCCAAGAACAUGAUGGCCGCUUGUGACCCACGUCACGGACGUUACCUUACCGUUGCUGCGAUGUUCCGUGGUCGUAUGUCCAUGAAGGAGGUCGAUGAACAAAUGUUGAAUGUCCAAAAUAAGAACAGCAGCUACUUCGUCGAAUGGAUUCCCAACAACGUCAAGACAGCAGUAUGCGAUAUCCCACCACGUGGUCUCAAGAUGGCUGCUACCUUUAUUGGAAACAGUACUGCAAUCCAGGAGUUGUUCAAGCGUAUCUCUGAACAGUUCACCGCUAUGUUCCGUCGUAAGGCUUUCUUACAUUGGUAUACUGGUGAAGGUAUGGACGAGAUGGAGUUUACCGAGGCAGAAUCUAACAUGAACGACUUGGUCUCUGAAUACCAGCAGUACCAAGAUGCCACAGCGGAAGAAGAGGGCGAGUUUGAUGAGGAGGAAGACGAAGAAGGGCAGACGCCUAAUUAAUUGCCUUUCUAAAUAACAAACAUUUACGAACUAAAUUAUCACUUUUUUUCGAAUUUAUGAAAAAAAUUAAAUUAAUAUUUCAACGUAUUUUAACCAGAGGGAAAUAAUUAUUGUUCAACAUUAAUAAAAGGAUGCAGAAUUA